AUGUCUUCAUUUUCGAAAACAUCACAGUUGCAAGCAACGUCGGCAGUGAAUAGUCUGCUAUCAAACAUACUUCCCGGUUCUUCAAAAAUUAAAGUUAGAAAUGAAGAUCAAUUAACGUCAAGGAAGAAACAAAAGAAGUCAAAGGCUCAAUUAAUUGAUCAAAAUUUAAAGAAAAGAGUAGAAUUACAGGAGAGAGACGUGUUCAAAAUCAAAAAGAAGGAGAAAAAGCAACAGAAGAAUAAGAUCAAAUCUCGAAAGGUAGAACAUCAACAAUUAGAUCAAUUAGCAAAAUUGGAAGUACUAAAGAAACACAAAAAAGAGGGAACUUUGACUCCAAGAGAACAGGAGUAUUUGAAUAAAGUAAUUAAAUUAAACACAGCCAGCGCUAAGUCAUGGGAGCUAGAUGAUGAAGAAAAAGAAGAAUUAAAAGAAAUACAGAAAUUUAUAUUAGAUAAGACAACCUCUUCAAGGGACUUGAAGAGAAAGAGCAAGAGAAGAAACAAAGUCAAGCAGUUUAAAGAAGAUAUUAAGCAAUCAACUAAUAAUGUAUCCGAUCACAGAUAUCCUGGUUUAACGCCUGGUUUAGCUCCAGUUGGAUUAAGUGAUGAAGAGGAGUCAUCUGAAGAAGAUGAUAAUGGGGAAGAUUAUUAA